UUCAGUUUAAUUUGAAUCGAACCGGAAAAUAGAAUUACAUUUUCACGUUUAACAGCGACUUUGUGGAUAUAAUAUUUCAAUUGAAUAACGGCAACCAGGAUAAAUUUGUUAUAUUUGUUCUAACUGCUUCAAAAAUAAGGUGAAUAUUUUUGUGAUGUUUAGCUACGAUACUCAUCUACGGUUCCUUGUCUACUUAACCGUACUGACAAGGCUGUCAGACGUAAUACUGACAGUACAUGCACAAGUCAACUUUCCUGACAGUCUGCCUCAGCCUGUUCCGGCAGAUAAUGGUGAUACCUUACCAGGUUUAGAUGGGCGACAGGGAACAACCUUAAGCACACUUCCCGGAUUUCCAAGUCUACCGGCAACGAUUCCGACAGUAACACCAGGUGUAGGAACCCCAAUAGUAAAUAUUGUUACACCAACUACUGGUCAAACCUGCAUUUGUGUUCCAACUGGACAAUGUACACCAACUGGUAGUCUUGACGGGUCUGGAAUUAUCGAUAUCCGUAUUGUCAAUACUGGAGUUUCAGGCGUUACUCCUGCUAUUACAACACUUCCAAUUACUUCUACAAUAACAUCAUGCUCAGCAGGUUUAGUACUAUGUUGUCAGCCUGGGCCAUAUCAAUGCGGCGUUAGAUAUCCUCCUGUUGUUGGAGCACCGGCCCCUGGUGCGGGACAAGCUCCAUAUGGAUCAUAUCCAUGGCAAGCGGUAUUGCUGGGCCCAGGCGAUGUUUACGUAGCAUCUGGAGUCUUAUUAAAUAAUUUAAAUGUUUUGACCGUUGCUCACAGAGCAGCACAGUAUGUAAAUGCUCCUACGACCCUUAAAGUAAGAAUGGGGGAAUGGAAUGCCGCUGCUGCAACGGAGCCUAUUCCAGCACAGGAAUUUAUUGUGAGCAGAAUUUUUCUACAUCCAAACUACAAUUCUGGCAAUUUAAAGAACGAUGUGGCCAUUUUAAGAUUGGCUACAGCUGUACCGUUAGGAAAUAGUCCUGCUAUUGCGACUGGUUGUUUGCCUUCAACAUCGUUUGCCGGAACGAGAUGUUUUGUAUCCGGAUGGGGUCGAAAUGAUUUCACGACCGGAAGCUUCCAGACUAUACAGAAACAAGUUGACGUUCCUAUUCUACAGCCGGCACAGUGUCAAACUCAACUAGCUGCUACCAGGUUAGGGCCGAGGUUCGUAUUUGAUACUACCAGCUUCAUUUGCGCUGGGGGAGAAGCAGGAAAGGAUGCGUGCACUGGUGACGGCGGAAGUCCCCUAGUUUGCACAAUAGGCAAUCGAUGGUUCGUCGCUGGCUUGGUCGCUUGGGGAAUAGGAUGCGGCACAACUAAUGUUCCUGGAGUGUAUGUCAACAUAGCGUCAUUUGUUCCGUGGAUUCAAACUACAGUUGCAUCAUAAGUUCAUUGAUGAGAACAUUCUUCGUACGGACGCAACAAUUUCAAAGUAAUCGAAAGGUACUUAAUCAGGCUGAUCAAUGAAACGAAUAAAUAACCCUCGAUGAACGAAUAUAGUUUGUCUGACUACAAGUUACAAAUAAAUGACAAAAUAAAUUUUUUAGA